AUGUCGGUAAUCAAUCCAUGCGAUCACAUAGCCGUCAAGAACGUCCUAGCGCGAUACUGCGAGGCGCUGGAUUUGAAGAAAUUCGAACUGCUCGUGAAGGUCUUCCUGCCCGACGUGAUCGCAGAUUAUCCAUUUAACUCGAAUUUGAAGGGCGUCGAAGCUGUUAGCCUUGCGAUACAGAAUCGACUGGGACCUAUCCGGACACACCACAACCUCACCACGCAGACCAUCACAUUCAAUCGGGACGGCACAGAAGCCCGCGCAGAAACCUACUUCCAAGGCGUACACUUUGGACAGGGUCCACACGAAGGCAAGAUGCUCUGUGCGUACGGAAAGUACAUGGACGACCUAGUGCUGCAGGAAGUGAUAGACGGCGAUUACGAAGGUGUACAAGGCGCGAGUGGCAUUUGGAGGAUUAAGAGUCGGACGGUUGCAUUCACGCAGCGGAUUGGAGAUGAGAUGAUCAUGAAGCAGUAUUGA